GAUUGACAAUCGUACGAAAAGUGGAGCAAGCUUCGUAGGUUCUUCCUGUGACCAAUAAUGUAGUCGUCUAAACAGAUAAACAACGACCAUGAAGACUUGCGAGCUAAGUUUAGCCUGAACAUAGUACAAGUAGAACUCAUUUUCUCCGCUUCCCACUGCGUCUUUGAGUCAGCAAACCAUAGUGAUAGUGUAGAAUUUCUGUGAUCUUAAAAAGUCCUCGAAUUUUCUUUUCUUCUCUUUUCAAUUUUGUCAGCUAAGAUGGGAAAAGGAGAGGGUCCGGCGAUCGGAAUUGACUUGGGAACGUGCUACUCAUGUGUGGCAAUUUGGCAACAUAAUCGAGUGGAGAUCAUACCCAAUGAUCUGGGAAACCGUACCACACCUUCUUAUGUGGCUUUCAAUGAAACUCACCGCUUGAUUGGUCAGGCAGCUAAGGACCAGGUUUCCAUGAACCCCACCAACACUGUUUUUGACUCCAAACGUUUGAUUGGAAGGCGAUUCAAAGAUGCCUCUGUGCAGCAUGACAUGAAACUGUGGCCAUUCAAGGUGAUUGCUGACCCUGAUCAUGGGAGGCCCAUUAUUGUGGUCACAUACAAGUAUGAGGAAAAGCAUUUUUUGGCCGAAGAGAUCUCUUCAAUGGUGCUCAUAAAGAUGAAGGAGAUUGCUGAGGCUCACUGUGGUUCAAAGAUCAAGAAUGCUGUUAUCUCUGUCCCAGCUCGUUUCAAUCACUCACAGCGCCAAGCCACGAUGGAUGCAGGGGUCAUUGCUGGUCUAAAUGUGAUGCGGCUUAUCAAUGAGCCAACUGCUGCUGCAAUUGCAUAUGGGCUUGACAAGGAUGAUGGUACAGGUGAGAAGAAUGUGCUCAUCUUUGAUCUUGGUGGUGGGACAUUGGAUGUCUCACUUCUUACCGUUGAAGAGGGUAUCUUUGAAGUGAAAGCUACAUCUGGUAUUUCCCACUUGGGAGGUGAAGAUUUUGAUAGUAGAAUGGUGAACCAUUUUAUUCAAGAGUUCAAGAGAAAGCAUAAGAAGGAUAUUACCGGAGGUAAGGCUUUCCGGAAGUUGUGGAAUGCUUGUGAAAGGGCUAAGAGAAUUCUCUCUUCUAAUACUCGAACUGCAAUUGAGAUUGAUUCUUUGUACGAUGGUAUUGACUUCUACUCAACCAUCACCCGGGCCAAGUUUGAGGAACUUAACAUGAAUUUAUUCAUGAAGUGUAUGGAGCCUGUUGAGAAGUGUUUAACGGAUGCUAAGAUGGACAAGAGAAGUAUCCAUGAUGUGGUUCUGGUUGGAGGGUCUACAAGGAUCCCCAAGGUUCAGAAAUUGUUGCAGGAUUUCUUUGAUGGGAAGGAGCUUUGCAAAAGGAUUAACCCUGAUGAGGCAGUUGCUUAUGGUUCUGCUGUGCAGGCUGCAAUUCUCAAUGAUGAGGGUAAUAUAAAGGUGAAAAAAAUCUUGUGCCUAGAUGUCACUCCUCUCUCUCUCGGUUUGGAGACCUCUGGAGAAGUCAUGGCCGUGUUGAUUCCAAGAAACACCACUAUUCCCGCCAAGAAGGAGGAGGAUUUCUCAGCUGAAUCUGAUGAAAAGGAUAGAGUGACCAUCCAGGUUUAUGAGGGUGAAUGUACCAAAAGCAGUGAUAACAAUUUGCUAGGCAGAUUUGUGCUCUCUGGUAUUCCUCCAUCUCCUAGUGGAGAUCCACAAAUCGCUGUUUGUUUUGACAUUGAUGUUGAUGGAAUCUUGAACGUCUCUGUCAAGGAUAAAACCACUGGAAAGGGAAACAACAUUACAAUCACUGAUAAGGGCAGGCUCUCUAAGGAAAAGAUUAAGAAAUUGGUGCAGGAGGCUAAGAAGUACAAGGCUGAGGAUGAGGAGCAUAACAUGAAGGCUGAAUCUAAGAAUGCACUUGAGAACUAUGCUUUCAACAUGAGGAACACAUUCAGAGAUGAAAAGAUUGCUGCUAAAGUUCGUGCUGUGGACAAAAAGAAGGUUGAAGAAGCAAUUGAGCAUACUAUUGAUUGGCUAGAGAGGAACCAGCUUGCUGAGGCAGAUGAAUUUGAGGACAAGAUGAGUGAGCUGGAGAGCAUCUGCACUGAGCUCAUUGCCAAGAUUGGUCAAGGUGGUUAUGGUAACAUGUGUGGAGCUGGACAGGAGGCUAAAGAGCGUAACAAGGAGUUUAAGAUUCAUCAAGGUGUUGAUAUUAACAUGAAUGGUAUCAUGCAUGAGUAUACGAAGCCUAAUAAUAUUUGUCAGAGUUCUACUUCUAAUGGUCACAUGGAUGUAGCCACGAAAAGGGAUUAUGAGGCUAAGGAGUUUAAGGACAAAGGGCUGGAGGCUGAGAAGAACAUAGCUCAGGAUAAGCAGGAUAAGAAGAACAAGGUUGAGAAGUACAUGGCUGAGGAUAAGGAGCAUAAAAAGAAGAUUGAGGCAAAGAAUGCGUUGGAAAAUUGUGCUCACUACAUGAGGUACAAAAUCAAUGAUGUGAAGAAUGCUUUAACAAAGACUGAAGAUGCAAUUGAGCAGACGAUCCUCUGGCUUAAUAGGAACCAGCUUGCUGAGGCAGAUGAGUUUGUGGAAAAAAUGAAGGUGCUAGAGGGUAUUUGUUACCCGUUUAUUGCCAAGAUGUACCAAGGAGCUGGUGGUGAUUAUGGUAAAUGAUUUUCUUGCACAUUUCCUUGCGUAAUAACUUAUUUAUAGGAAUGUUGUUGCUGAUUCUCUCGAGGUCUACCUCUGUAAAUUUGGUAGUAGCUUAUUAAGAAUGUUGUUUAUAAAUAUGUAGCAAAAGCCUUACUGUAAUCUUGUUUUGGUUUGUGAAUAAUAAGGGUUAACGUCCUUGGGCUGAUAUGGUCCUUGCCCUC